UUCUUUGUUAUUAUUAAUGCGUGUGUUGUGUGUUGCGUGAGUUUUGCGAUGAAUGUGAUAAAUUGAGUUUAGAAAGUUUAUGAAAGACUCGAUGAUGGUCUUGGACCAUAUAAAAUUUAGUUAUUUUACAAAAAUAAAUAAGACUUUGUGGAUUGAAGUCCCGUGCAUACGUAAGAAAGCUUCAAACGUAUUUGAAGCUUUCGAGGCCGUGUUCAUGGAAUUAUGAACCUAGACUCGUUGUCUUUCACUUUGUCACAAAUAAGUUAUUUAGUUGCCACAUUAACUAAAAAAAACUACAAGCAAGUAGUUGGAGACUUAACGAAGCUCGUGUCUUUGCAUGGUCUGGAGGCGGACCGUCACUUGCUCCAAUGUCUGUUUUCAUCAGUGGACUUUUCUGAGUCUACUUCCAAAAUAUCAGCCCCAUCUCCCCAAAAUCAAGCAUUAUUAGAACAGUGUUCCAGUUUGUUGAAUAAACCUUCCCUGCUAACAGCUGUCUGUUACAUUACAGAUAACCCAUUGAUCAAUCACAAGGUUAUCAAAGUUGGAUCUCAAUUCUUUAAUCAGUUGAGCAAGUGCCUUCGCCUCUCAGCUGUCCAAGAGGUAGUUUUUGCGCUUGCACUCCGUCAUUCGUCCAUUCCUGAAGUAGUGAAUCUAUCUCAAGCCCAAUUACGAACAAGUGUUCCCGCUUUGGUCCAGUCAUAUAUUGAUACUGAAGGAAGCAGUCGGCAACACGAAGGUGGACUUCACGAAACCACACCUGAAGUUCUCCAUCUGAUUCUAUCAGCGGUACUCAAGAAUCCCAAAGAAUUAGGUCUCACAAACGAUAUACAUACAACAUUUCUUAAAACUUUGCAACGAGAUUUUCCUAAAGACCUUGUACCGGUAGUGCUUGCACCAUUAGUGUACCCAGAACAUAGUGAAUUGGCUCCUGAAAUGUCUUCUGAAGGACCCGGUUUAUCCGGGGGUAUGUUAGACACGUCGUUGGCUGAUUUAGUGACUGAAAUAGGAUACAAUCUGACAUCGUCUCUGGAAGAAUGCAGAAACAAUCUUAUAAAACUUGGCGGAAGAGAUCUCUCGCCUGGCAUAGUAGCCCGCAUACUUUCUGUUAUGUGCCGAACACACAGUGGCCUUGAAGAAUCUCUUGGCGUUCAAACUCCUGGUUCAUUCAAUAAAGGAUCAGAGAACAGGAGUUCUUGGAAUAUGGAGAUUUUCAUACAAGCCCUCAAAGAAAUUGUUACAAACUUACAGUGGAACAGCGUUGUGGCUGAACUUGACCACCCUGAAUUCAUCAUCAAGGACCGACAAGGAUUGUGUUUACUAAUAAAUGGAAUCAGACAAGGAUUACAGACAUUUGGAUUCCAUCCUGAUACCUUUCCCGUAGAUCAAUUUUACAAAAGGUGGCAAAAUGUGGAGGGACAGUUCAGUUUAAUGCAAAACAUCUUGAAAAACUCUGACGUUUUUUGUUUUGCUGAUUAUUCUUGUGUAACUGUAUCUGUUGAUGUUCUCAAAACACCACCUGAACAAGAUGGGAAAGAGUUGGCUAGCUGGCGUUCACUGAAUCUUGUAGAGUUAUUGCUCAGUUUAUCAGAAUGUGGAUUAUACACACAUGUUCAGGACCUGUUUAAAGUACCUGUUCACAGUUGUCCUGAUGUUCUAGUUUUAGCCCUACUUCAAAUUUCUGGACCUAUAACUAUUCUUAGACAAGAACUUCUCACAAACUUGAUACCUAUUUUCUUAGGAAACCAUCCAAACUCUGCAAUAAUAUUGCACCAUGCUUGGCAUGCCCAAACCAUCAACGUUAAAACAAUAAUAAUGCAUGCCAUGGGUGAAUGGUAUGCUAGAGGAGAUUGUGACCAAACCAGACUGUCUCGGAUACUGGAUGUAGCACAGGACCUAAAGGCAUUAUCAAUGUUGUUGAAUGCACAAUCACCUCAGUCUUAUCCAUUCAUUAUUGAUCUAGCUUGUCUAGCGUCUAGAAGAGAGUACCUGAAAUUGGAAAAAUGGCUGUCUGAUAAAAUUAUUGAACAUGGAGAUGGUUUCGUAAUGGCUUGUAUCAAAUUUUUGUACCGACGUUGUCCGCAGAUUGGAAAAACUGAUGACAACAUAACCAAGGUUGCACCUUUGCCUAUAGAAACUCUCUCAACGAUGGUUCUCUGCCUGCAAAAAUGUAUGAACUCUGUUAAUCCAGAUUGCCAUGAAGCUAUCCUGACAAUAGUAAAUACAUGUACUCUGAUUGUCAAAUCCAGGCAGCAGCAACAACAACCCACUAUACUUCGUUCACGAGGCAUGGAUAGUGGCAUAAAUCCUUCCGUUUUUGCCGGUCAACUUUACAAUCAUUCCGGCGUCGAUUCAGUCCCAGGUCUUAGCAGUAACUUGGCCGGUAUCAAUUUAGCAGGUCCCUCGAGUUCAGCAUUCAAUUUACAAGGAGGUUUGGGGCCUCUCGUUCAAUCUCCAGGUUCUCCAUCAAGAAUAUUAAAUCCUGGGCCGUCUAAUAGCCCAUUUCCCAUCAUGCCAAUACAGCACCAAGGACCUGUGGGCACCAGUUCUUCCCUUGUUUUGGGAGUCAAUCAAAUCAAUAACCUGGGUAGGAUGGGUCAUAACCCAAAUAUGGACAAGUCUAGAUUGCCAGAAUAUAAUCUGUUUCCAGAAAUAUCUCCUCACGUGUCAAAAGAGAUUGAAGAUGAAGCCAACAACUACUUUCAGAGGAUUUAUAAUCAUCCGCCUAACCCUACGUUGUCUAUAGAUGAGGUUUUGGCAAUGUUGAAACGAUUUCAAGAUUCACACAACAAAAGAGAGAAAGAGGUAUUCAACUGUAUGUUGAGAAGUCUUUUUGAAGAGUACAAGUUUUUCCCUCAAUAUCCUGACAAAGAACUACAUGUAACAGCACAACUAUUUGGAGGUAUUAUUGAGAAAGGUAUAGUAGCUUCCUAUGUAGCCCUUGGUUUGGCUCUUAGAUUUGUUCUGGAAGCCCUCAAAAAGCAAGAGGGUUCUAAAAUGUACUAUUUUGGAAUCGCGGCUCUCGACAGAUUUAAGAGCCGUUUGAAAGAGUACCAUAAAUACUGCGAACAUGUAAGAGCUAUUCCCCACUUCAGUGAAUUUCCGCAACACCUCCAGGAAUAUGUUGAGUAUGGUUUGCAAAGUAUGGAGCCCCCGCAUAAGCCGGAGGGUCCUGUUUUGCCAGCCAGCUUGGCCGCUAUGUUGGCUCCCCCAACAUCUACUCCAACGGUAUAUAAAGCCAGUAUUGCUUCUACUACAGCACCGAGUAAAGCAAAUACAACUCCUGUAAGCACUAUGGGUAGCAGACCUUCGAUAGCAAAUGCAACCAACAUUGACACACUCUUAGUAGCCACAGAAAAAGAAGAGAAAGCUGUUGCUCCUCCUGAACCUCUACAAGAUAAGACUGCAUUCAUAUUCAAUAACCUGAGUCAGCUAAAUUUGAAGCAAAAAUGUGAUGAAUUGAGAGAAUUAGUUAUCGAAGAAUAUUAUCCUUGGUUGGCGCAAUACUUGGUCAUGAAGAGAGCCUCCAUUGAGUUCAACUUCCAUGGAUUGUACUCCAACUUUUUAGACACACUUGGUUUAAAUGACAUCCUGAAAUUGGUUACCAGAGAAACAUUCAGAAAUAUCAGGGUGCUUCUUAGGUCUGACAAAGCAAUUGCAAAUUUUUCUGAUAGGUCUCUUCUCAAAAACCUGGGACAUUGGCUAGGGAUGCUGACUCUUGCAAGAAACAAACCUAUUCUACAAAUUGAUUUAGACUUGAAAUCUCUUCUUGUAGAAGCUUAUGCGAAGGGUCAACAAGAACUUCUCUAUGUAGUUCCUUUUGUCGCAAAAGUUUUGGAGUCCUGUGCUAAGAGCAAGGUAUUCAAGCCGCCCAAUCCUUGGACAAUAGCUUUGAUGAAUGUAUUGGCUGAAUUGCACUCUGAAGCAGAUUUGAAAUUGACUCUGAAGUUUGAAAUCGAAGUGCUGUGUAAACACCUGGAAAUAGAUGUUAACAAUUUGAAGCCUUCUGUUUGUUUAAAAGAUCCUGAGAGAUUAAGAAAAAUUGAAUAUCAACUAUCCCAGCCUUUGAAAAAAGAAUCUUUGCUGCAUCAUGGUAUAGGAAAUUCAGGUGGUAACUUAACUGACCAAGAACUGGCAAACAUUCUUCCAAGCCAGCAAACCAGCUCUCCAAUUGUUCAAAACAAUAGCACUACUCCAACUUCAGGACUAUCAGCACCCCCAGAACCACGUUUUGGAUAUUCAGACAUUCAAAUCACAGGCAUGCAAGCAUUUCAGACUCAUACAGUAGUGUCUCCUACGAUUUUACUAUUUCAGACACAGCCUCAACUAAAGGCACUUGUAAGAACAUCUAUUGAGAGAGCUGUGCAAGAGUGGAUAGCUCCAGUUGUUGAUAGGUCAAUCAAAAUCGCUUUGCAAACUUGCGAACAGAUUAUCAGGAAGGACUUUGCCCUUGAUCCAGAUGAAAAUCGCAUGCGACUUGCUGCCCACUAUAUGGUUCGGAACCUGACGGCUGGUAUGGCUAUGAUAACUUGCAGGGAACAGCUUCUUUCCGCAAUCAACACCCAUCUCAAGCAAGCUCUUCUAACAAACUUAGUAUCGCCAACUGUACAACAGAAAGAGAUGAUCGAACAAGCAGCCAGUGUUAUUGCCAAUGAUAACAUGGAACUAGCAUGUGCCUUUGUUCAAAAGACAGCAGUGGAGAAGGCCAUUCCAGAAAUUGAUAAGCGAUUAGGAGGCGAUUAUGACUGUAGAAAAGCAGCACGACAGGAUGGAAGACGAUUCUGUGAUCCUGUAGCACUGACAUACCAAGCAGAAAGAAUGCCUGAAACAGUUCGUCUAAAAGUUGGAGGAAUAUCGUCCAGCCAGAUGGCUGUAUAUGAAGAGUUUGCACGCAACAUUCCCGGAUUCCUACCCAAUGAACGGGACGCCACCAUUCUGAUCCAGAAGCAAAACUUAACUCCAAUUGAAAAUCAGCAGUCAACACUCUUUCCCUUACCGCAGACUGGUCUGGCCACAGACGAUCUCACCCUGCUGUAUGAUAAACUUUUAGUGGACGUGGAGCAAUUUGUACAGCUGACAGCUGGGCAGGCGCAGUUUACUCAUAUGAAUGCAAACAUGCUGAUGAUUCGAGAUUGCCUGAUGCUGAUGUUAAGGAACAGGGAAAUGGCCCCACAGGCUCUUGUGCAAAAGUGCGUGGAGAGCUUGCAAGAUUGCCUUGUCCCAUCUCUGAAUGAUACUGAACCUUUAGUUCUCCGUUUCAAGGAAGUAAUAAUACGUAUACUGAAGACCUUCCAAGAUCCAAGAGUUUACGGGCAACAAUGGACAAAUAAAUUUGUAACUAGAUAUUUGUCAGACUGUCGUGAAGAACAAUACCGCUAUAACAUUGAUGCUGUAGAUAUCCUGAUUAAAUCUGGAUUGGUGAAUGUACCACAGUAUGAUUUGGCCUUAGCACAAUGUAUGGAAAAUGGCCUAAAUUACAUAGGCGUCAAUUUUGCAAUGCAAUUGGUUCAACUAUAUUUGAUUGAUGACCGUUCAGGACAAUUCAUGAAUGAAAGUGAUCUUUGUAACACAAUCGAGAUGCUGGCGAAAAUUCAGACUCACUCGAGGCAGCCACCAGAAGGUCUAGGAAACAUCAUUGAUAUACUCAGGCAGAAUGAACCAAAUGCAUUUUUUGGAGACCGAGCCCCAAUGGGACCUAAUGUUCACAUUCAUAACGGAAUUUUACAAGUUAGAGCACCCAACUAUGAAGAUCCCCCAGGACUUGUUGAGAAAACUGAUCAGCUCCUUCGAGACUGGAUUGGCAUCUACCACUCACAACAUCAAGGUCGAGAUUCUACCAAAGCUUUCAGCAUGUUUGUUCACCAGAUGAAUGUGUACGGCAUUUUAAAGACGGAUGAUUUGAUCACAAGGUUUUUCCGGUUAUCUACUCAGCUUUGUGUUGAGACUGUCUACAGAGUGUUGGCUGAGAAAACGAAUCCAAGUUUAUCUUUGCUCAGGCCAAAGUGUUACCAUACACUGGACGCGUUUGUGAGGCUGGUAGCUUUGCUGGUAAAACAUUCUGGUGACGCGAACAAUACCACAACAAAGAUUCAUCUAUUGAAUAAAGUUCUCGGUAUUGUUGCUGGCUGCCUCCUUCAAGAUCACGAUACUCGCAUCACGGACUUCCAGCAGUUACCCUACCAGCGAAUUUUCACCAUGCUCUUCUUGGAAUUGAAUGCUCCUGAACCUGUAUUAGAAGCUAUCAACUUUCAUGUGCUUACUGCCUACUGCCACACUUUGCACAUUCUACGCCCCUCCAAAGCAGCAGGCUUCUGUUAUGCUUGGCUUGAACUAGUUUCACAUCGUGUGUUUAUGGGCCGGAUGUUAGCAACAAGUCCACAACAAAAGUGUUGGCCAUUGUAUGCCCAACUGCUAAUUGAUCUGUUUAAGUACUUGGCGCCGUUUUUGAGAAAUGCUGAAUUGGCCAAGCCUGUGACAAUGCUGUACAAAGGUACUUUGAGGGUUCUGUUAGUCCUUCUGCACGACUUUCCAGAAUUUCUCUGUGACUACCACUAUGGCUUUUGUGAUGUCAUACCUCCCAAUUGCAUCCAGAUGAGAAACUUGAUUCUCUCGGCUUUCCCUAGAAACAUGAGAUUACCAGAUCCAUUCACCCCAAAUUUGAAGGUUGACAUGCUGCAAGAGAUAUCAUAUGGACCAAGGAUUUUGGCUAAUAUCGCUAUGAUGAUCACUCCUCCACAGUUCAAGAAGGAUCUAGAUUCUUAUCUUAAAGCACGGGCGCCCGUUACCUUCUUGUCAGAGCUAAGGGGUAACUUGCAGAUUUCUAACAACCCAGGUGUCCGCUACAACGUACAACUGAUGAAUGCACUCAUUCUUUAUGUUGGUACACAGGCUAUUGCAUACAUCAGGAGCAAGGGGCUUAGCCCCAACAUGUCCACUAUCGCUCACAGCGCACAUAUGGAUAUCUUUCAAAAUCUUUCUGUGGAUUUGGAUACUGAGGGUCGAUACCUUUAUCUGAAUGCCAUAGCAAAUCAGCUGCGAUACCCAAACAGUCAUACACAUUAUUUCUCCUGUACAUUGCUAUACCUGUUUGCUGAAGCCAAUACCGAGGCUAUCCAAGAACAAAUUACAAGGGUGCUGCUGGAAAGGUUAAUUGUUAAUAGGCCUCAUCCUUGGGGUUUGUUAAUAACAUUCAUUGAACUCAUCAAGAACCCCACAUACCGAUUUUGGCAACAUGAGUUCGUACACUGUGCUCCAGAGAUUGAAAAACUUUUUGAGUCCGUUGCAAGAUCUUGUAUGGUGAAGUCUACGGUGCAAACACAGGAAGGCGAAAUACAAGAGUGA